GACGUCAAGCUGUCAACAUGUAAGAUGGCGGCUCAUCAUAGACAGAAUGCUGCUGGGCGGAGAAAAGUACAGGUGUCAUAUGUCAUAAGAGAUGAGGUUGAGAAGUACAAUCGCAAUGGGGUGAAUGCACUACAGUUGGACCCAGCCUUGAACCGGCUCUUCACUGCUGGAAGGGACUCCAUCAUCAGGAUAUGGAGUGUCAACCAACACAAGCAAGACCCAUACAUAGCAUCGAUGGAGCAUCACACAGACUGGGUCAACGAUAUUGUCCUCUGUUGCAACGGAAAGACCUUGAUAUCUGCUUCAUCUGACACCACUGUGAAAGUCUGGAAUGCACAUAAGGGAUUUUGCAUGUCGACGUUGCGAACACACAAGGACUAUGUCAAAGCCUUAGCAUAUGCAAAAGACAAGGAGCUGGUAGCAUCGGCGGGUCUUGACCGACAGAUCUUCCUGUGGGAUGUAAAUACACUUACGGCACUGACAGCCUCAAACAAUACUGUCACCACCUCCUCGCUGAGUGGGAACAAGGAUUCCAUCUACAGCCUGUCCAUGAAUCAAAUGGGAACCGUCAUUGUGUCUGGGUCCACUGAAAAGGUGCUGAGAGUCUGGGACCCGCGAACCUGUGCAAAGCUAAUGAAGUUGAAAGGACACACAGACAAUGUGAAAUCAUUAUUGUUGAAUAGGGAUGGUACACAGUGUCUGUCCGGCAGCUCAGAUGGCACAAUCCGGCUGUGGUCCCUGGGCCAGCAGAGGUGCAUCGCCACCUACAGGGUCCACGACGAGGGCGUGUGGGCCCUGCAGGUCAACGAGGCCUUCACGCACGUCUACUCCGGGGGGCGGGACAGAAAGAUCUACUGCACAGACCUGCGCAACCCCGACAUCCGCGUGCUCAUCUGCGAGGAGAAAGCCCCCGUUCUCAAGAUGGAACUGGACAGGUCGGCCGACCCCCCUCCGGCCAUCUGGGUCUCCACCACCAAGUCCUCCGUGAACAAAUGGUCUCUAAAGGGCAUCCACAAUUUCCGAACAUCUGGCGAUUACGACAACGACUGCAGCACUCCCCUGACACCUCUGUGCACGCAACCUGAACAAGUCAUCAAAGGGGGAGCCAGCAUAAUCCAGUGCCACAUACUGAACGACAAAAGGCACAUACUUACCAAAGACACGAACAACAAUGUGGCAUACUGGGAUGUUCUAAAGGCAUGUAAAGUUGAAGAUCUGGGAAAGGUGGAGUUUGAUGAAGAAAUUAAAAAGCGGUUCAAGAUGGUGUACGUGCCAAACUGGUUCUCGGUAGAUCUGAAAACAGGGAUGCUGACAAUCACUUUAGAUGAGAGUGACUGUUUUGCUGCCUGGGUCUCAGCCAAGGAUGCUGGUUUCACCAGUCCAGAUGGGUCUGACCCAAAGUUGAAUCUGGGUGGGCUGCUGCUCCAGGCUCUGCUGGAGUACUGGCCCAGAACACACAUUAACCCAAUGGAUGAAGAGGAGAAUGAGAUUAACCAUGUCAAUGGGGAGCAGGAGAACAGGAUACAGAAAGGAAACGGCUAUUUCCAGGUGCCACCACACACUCCGGUCAUCUUCGGAGAGGCAGGAGGGAGGACUCUUUUUAGGUUGCUGUGUCGGGACUCGGGCGGUGAGACAGAGUCCAUGUUGCUAAAUGAGACUGUUCCGCAAUGGGUGAUCGACAUCACUGUGGAUAAAAACAUGCCUAAAUUCAACAAAAUCCCAUUCUACCUCCAGCCUCACUCUUCUUCAGGGGCAAAAACAUUAAAGAAGGAUCGCCUCUCAGCCAGUGACAUGCUGCAAGUGCGGAAGGUGAUGGAGCACGUCUACGAGAAGAUCAUCAACCUGGACAACGAGUCGCAGACCACCAGCUCCUCCAACAACGAAAAGCCAGGCGAGCAGGAGAAGGAGGAAGACAUGGCCGUGCUGGCUGAAGAGAAGAUCGAGCUUCUGUGCCAGGACCAGGUUUUGGAUCCCAACAUGGACCUGAGAACAGUUAAGCAUUUUAUCUGGAAGAGCGGCGGAGACCUCACCCUCCACUACCGACAGAAGUCGACGUGAGCCAAAGGCUCGGGAGUCUCGCUGUCUGCCAGUUGCCUUCCCCCCCCUCCCCCCCCCGCCGCCAGCCUGGACUUCACACUCAUCGUACCGGUUCCAUGAGUAGUACUCUAGAAGCCCCACUCGACCCUGUGUUAGAUGUUCCUCUCAUCGACCAGGCCCACGACACGUUAUUACUCUCCAGAGGAGUCGGUACAUUCUGUAACGUUCGAGCUUUAUAGAAAAAUCACUGUUCUCCAAAACAGCCACGUGGUAGAAUGAGAAGAGAGCACGUUCGGAUACGGGGGGCGCAUUGUGCCGUGUACAGUGAAUGGAUUUAAACUGAUGUAAUAUCCAGGGCAUUUUAAUUUUUACAGAUCUGUUUUUCCUUUGCUUACUCUUCUUUUUUUUGUAAUUAAGAUUUUAUUAUUACUCUCGUUCUGAGGGGUCAUGCCCAUCUCGAAAGAAGUUGUACACAUUGUUGUUCAUUUUGUGACGUGAAGGGUAAACUGCACGCUUUCCUGUUUUUUUGUUUUCCAUUUACAUUCCAGAAACGUUCCGGUUUCCAACACACAACACUGUUUUGUCUUUCCAUUUUUGUGAGGCUUACAAUGACGAUUAAGUGGACAUUCAGGCAACAAUACAAAACAAUCAAGUGUUUGGUCAAAUGUAAAGGAGUGAUGGGUAAUCACCUGGCUCGUGUCGCUUUAUUGGCAAUCGGGUUCAUUACUUAAUGAUUCAGGUGAAGGCUGGGUGGGGUUUGGUCUUUUUAGCUUGGAGAGAGGUAUCGUUUUUUGUAAAUAACCUGUAUGUAUUUUUAGGCAACUUGAAGCAAGUUGCUUUAUUUUGAAAGUUUUUUUUUUCACAGCAUAUUUUCAUUGUUCAUUGAAAGAAUGCUUUUUUAAGAGAGUGAAGAGAUAGCGUAGGUUGAAGAAUCUUUUUUCCAGUCUUGAAAAGAAUCAACUGAAGUUCAUAAGAGGGGCCAUUGUACCUAGAAGUGACACUACACCAAUUUUUUGGUAUUACCCAUGACUGCCUGCUGAAAAGCUGUCACUACUCAUAGAAAUCAUUUUUGUCUGCCAUGAAUGCUUUGUGAAGGAAUGUAGGGUAUUGGCUGAACAGGAGCAAAGUCAGUUUUCUUUAUGCAACACCAACUGCUCUGCAAACUGAAAUGUAUAAAAUGACAAUGGGAAUUGCACAGUGUUAUAGCAAAUGUAUUAUAUUUCAGCCUAAAAGAAUUUUCAUUUGGGUUUAGUCCAAAAUUAAAAUUUUAAAGGAAACUUUAAGUCUAGUUGUUGUACAAGCUGUAUAUGAAGCAAAGAUCUAUAGGGAAUAUGUAAAGCUGCCAUAUCCACAACCCCUGUAUU